CCCACGGUCUGAGAGGAGUGGGGCAGGCGCGGCGCCGGCUGGAAGACAAGGAGAGCUGACGGGAGUCCGACGCUUGGUGCUCCGGACUUUCUCCGAGGUGGUGCUGUCCACUCCUGUGGUGAUCAAGUUGUUCAUGAGGAGCUAUGAAACCUACGUAGUGGAAGAUCGUGAUGCUUUUCCUGUAAAGGCGUGUGAUGACGAGCAGAGUUUGGCUUUGGAGUGCUCGGAACCAGAGGAAUUGCCGAGGACUCGGAGCCCAGCCCUGACCACCAGAGAGCCCACAACACAAUGAACAAACUGAACUUCCAUAACAACAGAGUCAUGCAAGACCGUAGGAGUGUGUGUAUUUUCCUUCCCAAUGAUGAAUCUCUGAACAUCAUCAUAAAUGUUAAAAUUCUGUGUCACCAGUUGCUGGUCCAGGUGUGUGACCUACUCAGGCUAAAGGAUUGUCACCUCUUUGGACUCAGUGUUAUACAAAACAAUGAACAUGUGUAUAUGGAGUUGUCACAAAAGCUUUAUAAGUAUUGUCCAAAAGAAUGGAAGAAAGAGGCCAGCAAGGUACGACAAUACGAAGUCACUUGGGGUAUUGACCAAUUUGGACCGCCUAUGAUCAUCCACUUCCGCGUGCAGUACUACGUGGAGAACGGCCGACUGAUCAGUGACAGAGCAGCAAGAUACUAUUAUUACUGGCACCUGAGAAAACAAGUUCUUCAUUCCCAGUGUGUGCUCCGAGAGGAGGCCUACUUCCUGCUGGCAGCCUUCGCCCUGCAGGCUGACCUGGGGAACUUCAAAAGGAAUAAACACUAUGGAAAAUACUUUGAGCCCGAGGCUUACUUCCCAUCUUGGGUUGUUUCCAAGAGAGGGAAGGACUACAUCCUGAAGCACAUUCCAAACAUGCACAAAGAUCAGUUUGCACUGACAGCUUCCGAGGCUCAUCUUAAAUAUAUCAAAGAGGCCGUCCGGCUGGACGACGUCGCCGUUCAUUACUACAGAUUGUAUAAGGAUAAAAGGGAAAUUGAAGCUUCUCUGACCCUUGGUUUGACCAUGCGGGGAAUACAGAUUUUUCAGAAUUUAGAUGAAGAGAAACAGUUACUUUAUGAUUUCCCUUGGACCAAUGUUGGAAAGUUGGUAUUUGUGGGUAAGAAAUUUGAGAUUUUGCCAGAUGGCUUGCCCUCAGCCAGGAAGCUCAUAUACUACACGGGGUGCCCCAUGCGCUCCAGACACCUCCUGCAACUCCUGAGCAACAGCCACCGCCUCUACAUGAAUCUGCAGCCUGUCCUGCGCCACAUUCGGAAGCUGGAGGAAAACGAAGAGAAGAAGCAAUACCGGGAGUCCUACAUCAGCGACAACCUAGACCUGGACAUGGACCAGCUGGAGAAGCGGUCCCGGGCCAGCGGGAGCAGCGCGGGCAGCAUGAAGCACAAGCGCCUGUCCCGUCACUCCACCGCCAGCCACAGCAGCUCCCACACCUCGGGCAUCGAGGCCGACACCAAGCCCCGGGACGCAGGUCCGGAGGACGCAUACUCUGGCAGCGCCAUCCACCGCAAGCUGAAGACCUGCAGCUCCAUGACCAGCCACGGCAGCUCCCACACCUCCGGUGUGGAGAGUGGUGGCAAGGACCGGCUGGAGGAGGAUUCUCAGGACGAUGAAAUAGAGAUGUUGGUUGACGACCCCAGGGACCUGGAGCAGAUGAACGAAGAAUCUCUGGAAGUCAGCCCAGACAUGUGCAUCUACAUCACGGAGGACAUGCUCCUGUCGCGGAAGCUGAACGGACACUCCGGGUUGAUUGUGAAAGAAAUCGGUUCUUCCACCUCCAGUUCCUCGGAAACGGUUGUCAAACUUCGUGGCCAGAGUACUGAUUCUCUUCCACAGACUAUAUGUCGAAAACCAAAGACCUCCACCGAUCGACACAGCUUGAGCCUCGACGACAUCAGACUGUACCAGAAAGACUUCUUGCGCAUUGCGGGCCUGUGUCAGGACACGGCUCAGAGUUACACCUUUGGGUGUGGCCAUGAACUGGAUGAGGAAGGCCUCUACUGCAGCAGCUGCCUGGCUCAGCAGUGUGUCAACAUCCAAGAUGCUUUUCCAGUCAAAAGAACCAGCAAGUACUUUUCCCUGGAUCUCACCCACGAUGAAGUUCCAGAGUUUGUUGUAUAAAGUACGCCUCUGUGCAGCAUGCGGACCGCCUGCUGCUUGCUAGAGGCUGUGAAAGCCGUGGGUUCUUUCUUUACUUAUUACUUGUGCCAUAUUUUCUUUACCCCAAACUUAGCUCUUUCUUUAUAAUAUCUGCGAUGGAAAUAAAAGCCCCGGGACAGUUGCACUUUAAGUAUUACACAGGAGUAAAAGAACUGCAGAGAAUGUACAGCAAGACAAGUGCCCAGACGUUCCCUGAUCCUUUGGAAGGAAGUGUGCUUUACUGGUUACCAAGCCUUCACAAUAUUGAACUGUGGUGCAUUUCUUCAUUGUUUUGUUUUUUAGUUCAGUUACAUGUAACAUCAUGUUUUUUAAUCACAUGAAAGGCAUUGUUAGGUGUAUUUGUUUGCUUGUAAAUUUUUUUUUUUUUUUACCACUCCCCCCUGAAAUGCUGGUGUUUUGAGGGAGGAGAGAGAGAAGAGGCUCUCUUCUUUUAACAGAGGGACCUUUGCCAGUGCGUAACCAUCGCCACCUCACUGGGGCUGUCCCAAAGUGAACACGGAUGAAGCGGUCAAAAGCAUGUGGUUCUAGCUCGCCAAAGAUGUGGCCAGCACAGAAGUGCAGCCCAGGGUCAAGAAGAUGUGAAUUAAGCAAUAACCAAAAGUGUGAUGCCUUGUGACUCCUUCAUGCCUGGUCCGUGCCAUGUCCUCCUCCUGCUCUUCCAGAAAGCUCUAGUCUGGACUCCGUGGAGUCCCUCAUCCAGCAACGGAUCAGUUGUGUUCCUGUCAUCAUGAAUUUCCAAACCAGUAUCUCUUAAAACUAUGGAAACGUCUUAGAAUAUAUUCGUGCUUGGUGGUUUUUGUUUUGUUUUAUUUUUUUAAAUCAAGAACAAAUUAUGGUAAUCCCGGUUUCUGCUUAACCAAAAUACCCUGACUAUACGUGACAUAUAUAAAUACAUGAGACUGCGUGUUUAUAUGUGUUUAAAGCUUACCAACUAACUUUUCAUCUCGGCUUCCAUGACUGUCUUGUAUACAUCGUCUUUCUUGUUUAACACAGAGGAUAUGUCAUUGAAUGAAUGAUACCUACAGACAAUCAACUGAUAGAUAAUAGAGUUAAGAACAACUGUUUUCUCAUGUCUUUUGCCGUAGUUCUCAACUCUGGUUGCAUAAUAGAAUUAUCUGGGGAGCCUUAAAAAAAAUGGCAAUUGUAAGGAUCCGACCUUAGAUGAAUUAAAUCAGUCUCUCGUGGUAAGACCCAGGGGGAAUUGCCUUUUCUUUUAAAGUUCUCCAGAUGGAGCUAGUAUGUAUUGGGGUUGUAAACCACCGACCCAGAGGAUGUCUUUUCAUUAAUUUUGAAGAAAAUGUUAGUGUUUGAGAAUGGGCCAUUUUUAAGAGAGUUACAGCCACUGCUGUCAGGAUAGAUAGGGAAGCCCAGUCAGGGCUGAGCUCACUAACCUUUAGACGUCCAGUAACAGCGUGGCUCGUGCUUCAGGAAAGUACUUUAGCACAAUGUCUUUCUAGGAGAUGUUUUUAAUGAUUUCAUAUUUUACAACAUUUGUUUAACAUAUUUUGAUAUACCAUUUUUUCUACCUAUCAGGUUUUAUUAAAAAAUACUAUAUUAUUUUCUAAAGAAGCAGUCAUAUUUUUAUACAAAGUUAAGUUUUCAGGUAACAGAGAAGUAGAUUUAGGGUCCAGCAGAACCUGCAGUGUUCCCCGUGGGUGGGAGUCAGUGUUAUAAACACAGGGAGAACGUGAGCAGGCUCCCCGUGCUGCCAUCGCAUGUCCAUGUCCCCACGUGGGUGUGACGGGACAGCGUGUAUACACAAGCCUAGUCAGAUUGGUUUAACUUGACACUUUAAAAGGAAAAAAGUUCUAUAGAAUUCUAUAGUUGUGAAAUGAUUUUGCUUUUAUCCAGUGUUUUAAAAAGAACCAAAGUUUCAGAUCUCAGAAUGUAUAAAACUGUCUCAAUCUUUGUGUAAAAGAUGUAAGUAUGAAAGGAUCAUCUAAUGACUGUUUUACUGAUAAGUCAUUAAAUAAUCCGCCAUGUCUUAUAGAUGCUUAAGAGACAAAUCCUGAUGAAGUUUGUCUGCAAAGAGCACAGGCCGUAAUGUGGUGCAUUUCCUUAGCUCUUAGUGUUUCUUGUUUAAACAUCAAGGAAAAAAGAACAACGUAUUUAAUUAAGUACAUAGUGCUUUAUACUUUGUUUUCUCUCUACUUCAAACAGAAUCAGGCCUUUAGGAUUUUGCCAGCAUUGUUGGUGGUUUUGCACACCCUCUUUCUAAUUGGAUUUAUGAAAAGUCUCAUGGAUUUUCAAAACUGAAACAUGCUAAGGACAUUUUUGCUUUUUUUUGACCCACUGUUUGCAACAGAAUUAUAUAUAUGUAUAUGAAAAUCCAUUUUGAAUAUCGACGUUUUUGUAUUUCGAAAUUGUUUUAAAAAAUAAAAAAAGGAAAAGAAAAGUAUAAAGCUGUUAUUUAUUUCUGCACUUGUUAAUAUCCAUUGCUAGUCAGUAUACCAAUUUGGUAUAUGUUGCCUCUACACAUCUACAUUUGUAUUUGCAACAAUGAACUUUAUAACUGCAUAAACUGUACAUAAUCCUUUCUGUGAAAGGAUCAUCAUAUCAAGAUGAUACCAAAAGUGUGUUAAAAAAUGCAUUAUUUUGUAAUUAUUCUUAUAGGAAUUUCAUGGUAAGAUUAGCAGUCAAUAAAGUUACUUUUUAUUUGUC